UUAUUUCUCCCUAAUAUUUCUCUCUCUUUUAACAAAUUCAAACCAAACACAUAGCCAAAAAUAAAAACCAAAAACUUAUUGAAUUCUAUAGAUUUUUUUUUUCUUUCUACUUUUUUUCAGCUAUUGAAAAGAAAUUUUAUGAAAAUGGAAGCUAUGGACUCAACAACUUGUUUUAUGGUAGAUGAUGAUAUUCUUAAUUUCUCUUUGGAUGAUGAUGAGAAAUACCAAACUUCUUCUUCUUCUUUUGAAUCUUCAAACACCGUUGGAUUUCUUCAAGAUAAUCGUAGCCCUUCAUUUCCUGAUUAUGUAGAGGAAGAAUUGGAAUGGCUUUCGAAUAAAGAUGCAUUUCCAGAAGUAGAGUUUGACAUAUUAUCUGAUCAUGUCCCUAGUGUCAUAUUUGAUCAUCACAGCCCAAAUUCAGUACUGGAAAAUAGUAGCACCAUCAGCACCACCACCAACCAUUGUCACGUAAAUGUUAAGGGAAACGUGUAUAUAAGUCGCGCCUCUGACAUCCUACAAGUCCCCAUUAACUACCCCGUUCGUGCACGGAGCAAGAGAAGGAGAAGAACCGCCUUGCAAAGUGUGAAUUCAUGUGUGUGGGGUAACCAAGUGAAAUUCAAGAACACUACUUGUAAGAAAGGACUAGCAUUACUCUCAAUACCAAUGACUAAACCUAAAAGAGGUUCUAGCAUUGGUAGGAGGUGUCAGCAUUGUGGGGUCGAUAAGACCCCACAAUGGCGUGCAGGUCCUACAGGACCUAAGACAUUGUGCAACGCUUGUGGGGUCCGGUAUAAGUCUGGAAGGUUGUUUCCCGAGUAUCGCCCCGCGAAUAGUCCUACUUUUUCAGCUGAUUUACAUUCAAAUUCUCAUAGGAAAGUUUUGGAGAUGAGAAAGCAGAGGAUUGUGGAGUAGCAGAGGAUUUACAUCAAGUAUGUUUAUAUAUAGGGCAGGAUUAAUUAGUAGUGAGUCUAUAGUUUUCUUUUUAUUUAUAUUAUUUUUUAGCACAAUUAGGCUGGAAUCUAGGUUUAUUUUAAUGGCUAGAAGGUUAUUGAAUUUGAACCAUAUUAUUUGUAUUGAUUUCCAUCAAAAUCUACUAGGGGUUUUCAAGUUAACCUGUUUUGGUUAUGCUUUUGGUCAUGUAUAUUUCAUUUUUUUUCUUCCAACCAAUAAGAUGUAUUGACAGUUUGGGGAAGCUGCAGGUGGGGGCGGAGCUAGAGGGGCCAAAGGGGUUUUAUUUGAACCCCUUUCAUUGGAAUACA